AUGCCUCUGGACACCAACCGUAAGGAGCAGCUGUUGAAAACGCUGAUGGAGCUGGGGGAGGACGACUUCCAAUCCUUUAAGUUCUACACAGACCUACCUCUAAGCGUAUGUGAAAACUCCAGCCGGGUGUACAUUGCUGUUGAGCUGGUGAAGAAGCAUGGGGAGAACGUUCUGGAGGAGACGGUCAAGAUUCUGGAGAGGAUCGGUAACAAUAACUUGGCUGAGAUUUUGCGUCACAACAUUCUGGAAAUAACAGGACCAGUCUUCUCCGUCCACGAUGAUGACGAUAAGCUUGCCAGAUUGAAGGGGGAGCUGCAAGACAACCUGCGGCGUUUAUACAACUUUGCUUCUGAGGGCAACAACGAGCGCUGGCGGCAGCAGCCUCUGACAGAUGUCUACACGGAGCUGGACAUCACCUAUGGGGCAGACAUCAGCCCCGACGAGCGGCACGAGGUCCUUCAGAUGGAGACGUGCACCGCGGCCAAGGAGUCUAUUCUGCUUUGCGACAUCUUCAAAAGCCCUGACGGAAAGCAGCGACCGAUACGCAUGCUGCUUACCAUCGGGUUCGCGGGAAUUGGAAAAACCUUCCUAGUUCGAAAGUUUGUGUGGGACUGGGCCAACGGGAAUGCCAAUCAGGACGUGCACUUCAUAUUUCCCUUCACUUUCCGCGAGUUGAACAUGGACAAAGGAAGGAGCUUCACGUUGGCCGAGCUCAUCCGACUCUACGUGUGCGAGAACAGGCACAUGAGCGAGGAAUCGCUGAACAAAAUAUUUGCCGACCUGCAGACGUCCGGGAAGCGGGACUACGAAAGCAGUAGUAUCAAGAUCCUGUUUGUACUGGACGGACUGGACGAGUGCAACUUCAAAAUGGACUUGAAGAACCACACCAAAGUGGACGUGGAUAUCGAGAAGGCUUACCCGCUGGAGGUGCUACUGGCGCACCUCGUCAAAGGGAACUUGCUUCCUUGCGCCCGGGUUUGGAUUACCACGCGGCCCGCGUCGGCCCACGAUAUCCCCUCCGACCUCAUCGACAGCCGAACAGAGGUGAGAGGAUUCAGCGAUUCCCGGAGGCUGGAGUACUUCAUGAAAAGGUUCCCAAAUAAGGAGAGCAUCAUUGAGCACAUUCGGAAAUCUCGCACCAUCUUCAUCAUGUGCCACAUUCCCAUCUUCUGCUGGCUCAUCGCCACAGUUCUUCAGGAUCAUUUGGACAAAGGAAAGGAGGGAGAGCUUCCCACAACGCUGACUGACAUGUACUCAGCGUUUGCAGGUCACCACCUGGAAAACUCCAAGGAGAGAAAUACAACAGAGUACAUCCUUUACGUGAAAGCCCUGGCAAAGCUGGCCUUUCACCACACCAUGAAUAUGUGUCAGAUCUUCUACGAGAAGGAUCUGGCAGACAGCGGCUUUGAUUACGGCCAAGCUGCAAAACACUCUGGUUUAUUCACAGAGGUGUUUAGGGAGGUCCCUCCGCUCAGGAGAAGCAAACAAAAGAUGUUUCAGUUCAUUCAUCUGACCAUCCAGGAGUAUCUGGCCGCACUAUACGUGAUGAUGAGCCUCUUCCACGACAACAAGAACGUACUGAAUGAUUCAAGAUGGAAAAAAAUAAACCAGAAGGCAAUCACUGAGGUCCACAAGUCAGCUCUCCAGAAAGCCUCGAAGAGUGGAGGAAACCUGGACCUGUUCCUCCGCUUCCUCUUUGGCCUUUCCUUGCCGUGCAACCAGCAACUAGUUGGGGAACUGCUGAAGGCUCCUCAGGACUGUGAGCAAAGUAAGUCAAAGACAGUCGAGUUGAUCAAGAAAACAAUCAAACGGAACACUCCAGAGAAAAACGUCAACUUGUUCUACUGCCUAAACGAGCUGAAGGACGACUCCUUGCUGAAAAAGAUCCAGGAGGAACUAGAUUCAGGACGUCUCUCCUGCCGUCAAAUGUCAAAUGACAUGUGGUCAGCCCUGGCCUUUUUCUUACUGACAGAUGAUGAAACCACAAAGUCCUUUGAUCUUCGCAGCUACUCCCCAUCGCCGUUGGGGCUCGAGAAGCUGCUGUUGGUGGUCAAGGCUUCUCAAACAUCCGAUCUAGGCAGUUGUCAUCUGAACAAACGCAGUUGUCAACUGCUGGCUUCAGUUCUCAGCGCUCCAUCCAACCUGAGGCAUCUGUACCUGACAUUCAACAACGAUUUGUCGGACGAGGGGGUCAAGAUCCUCUCAAACGGACUGGCCAGUCCACACUGCAUCUUAAAAGUCCUAAACCUGACAAACUGCAGCAUCACUCAGCGAGGAUGCAUUUCAUUGUCUGAGGCACUCAAGGUAACCCCCUCCCAUCUUCAAGAGCUGGACCUGACCUUGAACAAUCUGUCAGAUGAAGGGGUUGAGAUCCUCUCGAAAGGACUGGCCAGCCCAGACUGCACCUUAAAAGUACUCAACCUGACAAAGUGCAGCAUCACUCAGCGAGGAUGCAUUUCAUUGGCUGAGGCACUCAAGGUAACCCCCUCCCAUCUUCAAGAGCUGGACCUCACCUGGAACAAUCUAUCGGAUGAAGGGGUUGAGAUCCUCUCGAAAGGACUGGCCAGCCCACACUGCAUCUUAAAAGUCCUCAGCCUGUCAGGGUGCGGGAUCACGAAGCGAGGGUGCAUUUCACUGGCCGAGGCUCUCAAGUUAAAUCCAUCACAUCUACAAAAGCUGGACUUCUGGGGCAAUCAAAUAGAAGAAGGAAAAAGGGUCUUAUUGGACAUCAAAGAGAAUCCCAGCUAUAGCCUGAAGACGUUGAACUUUAACUGGUGGAUCUUAGAACUAUUUUCAUCUAGGACAUCCACAUAG